CGUAACAACAAAUGAUUUAAUUCAGAAAAAUAUAAACUUUGGGUGCAAUGUAACAUAGUUAAUCAAUUCAAAUUUGGUUUGAUGUAAUAUUUAUACCAUUUAUUUGUUUUAUUAGAAACUUUGUGUAAAAAAUGCUUCGUUUACUGUUUUGUGCUUUAUUAUUUGGCGCCCUGAAUGUUGAAGGCGCCAAAAUAUUAAUGAUGUUUAAUGCUAUCUCAAGAUCACAUUAUAUCCUAGGAGAAGCACUUGGUUUGGGAUUGGCAGAAAAAGGACAUGAGGUUACCAUGAUAAGUCCGUUUAAAAAGAAUAACAAUCACGCAAAUUUUAAAGAAAUCAUAUUGGAGGAUGCUUUUGAUUCCUUACUUGCAAAGGAAAUGCAAAAUAGUUUAGUCGACAAUAAAAAUCGUAACAUGUGGAAAAUGGUUUUCCGAAUGGCAUACAUUGGUGCUGAUGGUACAAAUAAAACAUUUCAUAAUACUGAAGUGCAAAAAUUAUUAAAAUCUGGACAAAAGUUCGAUGUAUUUUUGACUGAAUGGUUUAUGAAUGAGGCUUUAUUAUUGAUGGCACAACAUUUUAAUGCAAUCCCGAUGGUAAUGAGCACAGCAGGAUCAUCAGGAUGGACUAAUAAAAUGGUCGGGAAUCCUUUCAAUCCUGCUUAUGAUAUUAAUCUCAUUUUGCCAUUCACAAAUCCAUUGAGUUUUUCUGAAAGAUUGAUAAGUACUGCAUUCAUGGUUUUGGAGGAGAUUCUUUAUUGUCGUCAUAUGAGUCAUCAAUCUGCAUUAUAUGAAGAACAUUUUCGUUCACUAAACGGAAGAGAUCGUAUGAAUGAACCUGAUCUUCCAUCAAUUGUCACCAACAUAUCAUUAUUAUUGCUAAAUUCGAAUUUGGCAGUAUCCAAUGCAAGGGCCUACGUACCUAACGUUGUCAGUGUAGGUGGCUUACACGUAAAUCCAGGAAAACUUCCAGAUGAUCUUCAAAAAAUACUCGAUGAUUCUCCACAAGGCGUAAUCUAUUUCAGCAUGGGAAGUAAUUUAAAAAGUUCAAAUCUACCAGUUGAGACCAGAAAUGGAAUCUUGAGAACUUUUGCAAAAUUGAAUCAUACAGUGUUAUGGAAGUGGGAAGAUGAUAAAUUACCUAAUCAACCGAAGAAUGUUAUAAUCAGAAAGUGGAUGCCCCAACAAUCAAUAUUAGCUCAUCCAAAUGUGAAGCUAUUCAUUACACAUGGUGGUUUGCUAAGUUCCAUCGAGGCGUUGUAUUUCGGCAUUCCACUUGUUGGAAUUCCUGUGUUCGGAGAUCAACCUAUGAAUAUGGCAAGAGCUGUGAAAUCGGGCUAUGGCAUUAAAGUUGAUCUAGAUACAAUUAGCGAAGAAAUCCUAGAUGAAGCUAUAUCUAAUGCACUUGAAAAUCCAAAGUACAGAGAAAGAGCGCAAUUUUUAUCAAACAUUUUCCGCGACCAAGAUCAGAGUCCUAUGGACAAGGCGGUGUCCAGCAUCGAGUAUGUCUUACGGCAUAAGGGUGCUCCAUUUUUGAGGUCACCUGCUGUACAUAUGUCAGUUUACCAAAAAAUAUUACUCGAUGUCAUAGCAGGAUUGCUAGCUAUUAUUCUGUUGCCGAUAUUUAUUUUAUAUUGGGUGUUUAAAAAAAUUGUUAAGAAAUGUUGCAGAAGUUCAAAAGUAAACAACGCGAAGAAAAGAAAUGCUCAAGUUUAUGGAGCUAAGAUUCUCAUAGUUUUUAAUGUUGUAUCUAGAUCACACUCGAAUAUAGGACAUGCGCUCGGUAUAGGAUUAGCUAAAAGCGGACAUGAGGUCACCAUGUUUAGCCCCUACAAAUGGGAGGAGAGCCAUCCCAAAUAUACGGUUCAUAUACUUACUGAAGUUUUCGAAUCCAAACCAGCUCAAGAAUUUAGAAAUAACACAUUUGGUUUAAACAACAAGUCCGUAGUUCAAAUGUUGAAAAUGAUGACGAAGUUAGGCCAAGAAUCUGCAUUAGGAACAUUCUACCAUCCAGAGAUGCAGAAAUUAAUUAAAUCUAGAGCAAAGUUCGAUAUGUUUAUUUCGGAAACUUUCAUGAACGAAUGCCUAUAUAGUUUGGCAAAUUACUUCAAUGCCCAUUCUGCAUCUGUGAGCACUUUUGGAACAUCGUUCUGGACUGACAAGAUGACUGGAAACCCGUUCAAUCCCUCAUAUACUUCUAACACAUUUUUAACUUUUGGAAGUCCAAAGACGUAUUUGCAAAGGUUGGGCAAUACAGUACAAACUGUACUGGAUUAUUAUUUAUACUGGAAGCAUCUGAGUGAUCAACAGCCCUUGUAUGACAAUUUUACAUCUACAUUAUACAAUGGUGAUAUGUCAAAAGUACCAUCAUUUACAUCAGUAAUUACAAAUGUGUCUUUAGUCCUUCUUAAUUCCAAUUUUGUUGUAUCUGAUGCUCAAGCAUUUGUUCCAAAUAUGAUAAACAUUGGUGGAAUUCAUAUCAAUCCCAAGAAACUACCGGAGGACUUGCAAAACAGGCUUGAUAACGCUAAUGAAGGUGUAGUAUACUUCAGUUUAGGAAGUAAUUUGCGAAGUGCUCAAUUACCAAAUGCGACUCGUGAUGCAAUUUUGAAAACAUUCUCCAAACUAAACAAAACCGUUUUGUGGAAAUGGGAGGAUGAAAAUAUGCCAAACAAACCGGAUAAUGUUGUGAUCUUACCUUGGAUGCCACAACAGGCUAUAUUAGCGCAUCCAAAUGUCGAAGUUUUUAUAACACAUGGAGGUUUAUUAAGUUCAUUGGAAUCUUUGUAUUUCGGAAAACCACUUGUUGGUAUUCCAGUAUUUGGGGACCAGCCUAAGAAUAUGGUUAGAGCUGAAUGGUCAGGAUACGCAGUUAAAAUUGAGUUGCAUGAAAUAACAGAAGAAAGAUUAACACACGCUUUGUCAGAAGUUUUAACGAAUCCAAAAUACCGUUUGCGAGCUCAAGAACUAUCAAGAAUUUUCCGAGACGAACGUCAAACUCCAGUUGAAAAAGCUGUUUCAUCAAUUGAGUAUAUAAUUCGGCACAAAGGAGCUCCAUUUUUACGUUCGCCUGCAGCUAGAGAAGCCCUUGGAAUAGCUUUGGCUGAUAAUGGACAUAAGGUUACUAUGGCGAGCCCUUUUAAAAGAGCUGAAAAUCAUACAAAUUUCAAGGAAAUCGUCUUAGAAGGAUUAAUUGAAAAGUCUAUUAAUGCCAUGUAUAACUUUGAAUCCAAUGAUAGAUCUGCACUGAGUAUGAUCAAGUAUAUAUUUGAUGUUCGGAAUAAAUUUGCUGAACUAACUAUGCAACAUCCAGAGAUGAAGAAAUUAGCCAACUCGAGUAAAAAAUUUGAUUUAUUUAUAACGGAAUUUAAUUUAAAUGAGUGUAUUUUUGGUUUCGGGUACCACUUUCGUACAAUUAAUAUUGUAUUUAGUACAAUUGGUACGAAUUAUUGGACUGAUGAGAUGGUAGGAUUCAUUAAAAGUCCUGCAAGAGAGCCUAAUAUUAUUCUUGGAUAUACUGUGCCUAUGACGUAUUUUCAAAGAUUUGUAAAUAGCUUAUUUUAUAUAGGAUACGAUUAUUUAGAUCGGUCUCGCAUGAAUUAUCAAGAACAGUUAUAUAAGAACUUUUUCCAACCAUUGCAAAUUGGAUCACCAACUCAAUUUCCAUCAUUGAGUGAUCUUUAUCGAAAUUUUUCUUUAAUUUUGCUGAAUAAUAAUGUUGCAGUGUCAAAGCCAACGCCACAAUAUCCAAAUAUGAUUAAUGUUGCAGGAAUGCACAUUAAAUUACAGAAUUUAAAUGAGGACCUUCAAAUUUUAAUGGAUCAAGCCAGAGAAGGCGUAGUUUUAUUUAGUAUGGGAGGGAAUUUAAAGAGUUCGAACUUACCCAAGGAAUAUCUAAAUAUUAUGUUAACAUGUUUAGGUAAAAUUAAUCAGAAAGUACUUUGGAAAUGGGAAGACGAGCAUCUUCCAAAUAAACCAGAUAAUGUUAUAAUUCGGAAAUGGUUACCGCAACAAGAUAUACUAGCACAUAACAACACUGUUGCUUUCAUAACGCAUGGUGGUAUGCUCAGCAAGAUAGAAGCCAUCUACUUUGGGGUACCAUUGUUAGGAAUUCCUAUCUUAGGAGAUCAGUUUAUGAACGUUGCAGAAGCUGUUCAGGAUGGCAUUGCAGUUUCACUCGAUCUGAAUAAGUUGACCGAAAAUUCAUUUGACACAGCUUUAAAUGAUAUUUUAUACAAUUCAAGUUACCGUGAACGUGUACAAAAAUUAUCUAAAAUAUUUCGAGAUACUCCAGAAACUCCAUUGCAAAAAGCUGUUAAUAGUAUAGAAUAUGUUUUGAGGCAUGAUGGAGCUCCAUUUUUAAAAGCACCUUUUGAUGAUAUGCCGAUGUAUCAAAUCCUAUUAAUAGAUGUCAUUGGCGGAAUAAUAGUUAUUAUAGUUGCAAUAAUAUGGAUAGUUUAUAUCUUAGUUAGAUUUCUAAUUACAAAGAAAAAUUCACAAAAGAAUAGUAAAGUUAAAAAAUCAAAGAAGAUCUCAUAAUUGAU